AUGAAUCACAAAUUCCCAUCUUUUCAGAUUUUAGUCUUUAAAGACGUUGACAAGGGGCAUGUCUCCCUGCAGAUUCCAGAAAACGGCAAGUUGCGGGAAGACUUCCAUCGACUGAAAGAGCAAUUCCUCAACGAGACCUUGGAGGCCAACUAUCAGAUUGACGAGAGGAUCCAGAAGUACACCCGAGAGGACAACUGCGAUGAUGGCAAGUUCCUUCCCAUCAUGAAGCACCGAUUGGCGGUGAACAUCUUCGUGGUCACCGGCUUCCACCGCCAUGUGGGCUUCGUGGGGGACUACUAUGCCGACCCAGGCUUGGCAACAAUGUCUUGGAAGAGUGGUGAAGCCUUUGGCAGGCCGCGACAGCAUAUGAUCAUGUCAGUGGUGAAUGUCUUCACCUCCAUGCGUCAGCCUCUUUUGAAAGAGGACUACACCCACCUUUUCAAAGGCCUUGAGAAUGAGGAAGGCUUGACCAAGGCAUGGCGGAAUUUCCAGGCGAACCUACAGGAGGUUGAAGAGGAGAUCGAUCGACGAAAUGAAAAACGAGAGAUCAAGAACAUCAAUAUGUCUCCCAAAGUGGUGGAGAGCGCUGUGUCCAAAUAGUUCGCAAUGCUCAGUUCAAC